GAAAUAUUGACCUGGAAGUUUUGGAGACGCUGAUGCCGGUGACGUUCCUGGUGCAUUAACAUAAUUUAUCAGCAAUAAACCUAAGAGCUUGUUGACUUGGUGUCUCUGCGUGAUGGCACAGAACGUGAAGGACAAGGAAGCCUACCAAAGAUUGAACUAUCUGUACCAGGCUGCUCAUUGUGUUUUAACUCAAAACCCGGAAAAUGUGGAACUGGCUCGUUUUUACUGCUUCACGCAGAAAACCAUCGCAAGGCGUUUAGUUCUCAGGCAAGACCCAUCAGUUAAGAGAACGUUAUGCAAGAAGUGCUGCUCAUUGCUCAUUCCUGGUGUGACUGCUACAACAAGACAACGCAGUAAAAACAGAAAAUGUCGUUUCACUGUGAUGAGGUGCACCAGUUGUGGCCAGGGAAAAGGGUUACUAAAUAAUCCAGAUUACUGUUUAUGGGUAGACCGUCCAGAGGCUCAGCUGCAGCAUCAAAUGCAGUCAGGUCCUUCUACGAAAAGUCAACCAGAAGACACAAAACAUGAUGGGUCACAGUCCUCUAAAUCUGGCACUGCCAAGAGUUCUCCAAGCACAUAGCAAAUGUGAAAUGCGGGGGAGUUAUAUUUAUUUAUGUUGAUAAAAAUGUGCGGCAUUUGUUUUGUUAUACAUAAGAGGACAUUAUAAAUGCUGCCUUUCAGUCACGUUAUGUUGUGGCUUCUUUUAAUUUUGCCUUUUUUCUUUUCAUAUCCAGCUGGGGGAGUUGUAGUAAUAGUGUAAUUUGUUACGCUGCCAGUAGAUGGCUUUAUGUAGCAUUUUAUAGUAAGUGUCUAUGCAUUGGGGAAGUGUCUUGGGUCACUGACCUGGAGGUCAAGUACUGUCUGAGAAAUUGACUUGGUUAUGCAAACUUUUUUGUAAUGCUUCCAGACACUGCAAACAGUUUUGAAUUGUACACAUUUGGCACAGAAAACUGAACAAGAUCUCAUGUAGAUUAUGCAGGCUCUUGUGUGAUAAAUUGCAUAAAACAUUACAGAAAGUUAUUCGUAUCUAUCCCAGACAUUGUAUGUGGUCUGCUCAGGCAUGUUAAACUGCAGCAAAUCUCAUCAUUAAAAAAACAUUUCUAUUACA